GGUCAGGCAGGAAGAGGCCUAGUGUUAUUUCAACAUAUUUUAUUUAUAUGUUUUGGAGAAGAAAAAAACAUCUCGCACUAUUCAGUUUGGCUAGUCGGAGUGGUCUAUCGCUUGCUUUGACCCACAUGAUUGUUAGUAAUAUUAGGCCAAACAACUCCUUCCUUUAUGCUAGAAGAAAUAGCUAUAUGAAGUGUCUCCGGUGUAAAGGGGAAACGGCUCCAACUCAUGAUGGAAGACUGCUUGCACACCUCUUCAGAGAACCUGUCUAAGUUGGUCCGAUGGGCCCACAGUCACGGCACCAUCUGUGCUCUCAUCCCCAACCUCAAACACCUGCUUACUGAGGGUUCCCAUGGGAACCUGACCGCUAUGUGGGGGUGCAGCGCUGGCCACGCCUACCACUGGCCCCUCACCACCACCUGUAAGACAGGCCAGAAGGAGCGGGGUGGCUGCUACCAGGACAGCCGUAGCAUCAACUCCGACAGCCUCAGUGUCCAGGGAGGGGCCUCGGCCCGCCAGAGCAGCCCAGGAGGAGAGAGGUUUCUGGGCCGAUCCACCAAGGCCAAGGGGGGCGACAGCAGCCAGACCCGGGACUCCUGCGACUUCUCCAACUGCAGCGACGACAACACUGAGGCGGACGACAACACGGAGGAGUAUAACAGCAACCUGUUCGAUAUCGUCUGCGAGUCCUCAGCCACGACGGACGAGGAUGGAGACAUGGACUACGAGCCUCAUCACAGACCCAGGAAGAGGGGUCCCCCUGGGGGGUCUGAGUCGGUGAAGAGGAUUAAGCAGGAGACUGCUGAGGACACAGGGCCCAUAGCCCAGCUAGCAGCAGCACCAGCAGUCUCCCAGUCCCCAAAGCCUGAUAACUCCCACCAUGCCUUGCCACACAAACCAUCCCAGCUGGACACUUUGGUUGGUGGUGUGUCGUCGUCUCUGCUGGGAGGGCGCUCCUUUCCUCAAAAACCUCUCUCCAGCUCUGUCUCCAAACCUCCCAUGAUGAGCACUGGUUCUCCCAGACACCACGACCCGUCCUCGUUGUCGACCCAGGCCCUGAGCACCCUCCCUGGGGCAGGUAGUGAGUUGAUGGAGGGUUUGGCCCCGGAGGACCUGCUGAAGCCUGGAGGAUCCGAGGGGCCGUUUGGGUACCUGACUCCCUCCUCCCCCAGUGGGAUGAAAGCUGAACUGGACCUCCUGGGAGCAGAGACCAAAGGAGAGGCUACAGUGGGCCCGGCGCUGUGUGAGAUCGAGCGUCUGCGGGCAUUGCUGAGUGUGGAGCGGAGCCGGAGUCAUCAGAUGGGAGAGACCAUCUCUAGCCUGAAACAGGACAAGGAGCUGCUUCAACAGGAACUCACCAAGAAGGCUGAGCUCAUCUGUGACUUCCUGCAAGACCAGCUACGACCAGGUACGCUCUUACUACGCCCAGAGAAGAGGCGUGGUCAUUCGUCCAGCCAGAUGGAGCUGGGGACGGGUAGCUCCUCCCACAUGGGAGUGGGGUUCCCUGACGAGGUUGUGGCGUUUGAGAACCCCGCCCUGUUCGACAGCUUUGAGGAGGUGGAGCUCCACAGGGUGAUGAAGAGCUCCAAGAGGAGCAGAGAAGGAGAGAACACACGAGUCAGGAUGAAGAACGUAGUUGGCGUCAUCGCCAGGUACAUGGCGGCCCUGCAGGAGUUCAGGCGCAGUGUCUCCAUGAAGGUGGCGUUCGACCGGGUGGGCGUUGACCGUAACACCAUCUCGCGGACGGCCGCCAUCGCCGAGCUGAGCCUGGCCGCUCCAGAGGUGUUCCACGCUCUGCCGCCGUGGGACGAGAAGGAGGAGACGCUGGCUCACUAUUCCCACCGCUGCCGGCAGGCCAUGGACGACACCAUCAGAGCCAAGAUCAAAACCAUGAAAACCAAGGGAGACCUGCUGCCUAUAGUCAGCAAAUAAUCCCAGAGACGGAAGGUGUGAUGUGGAUUUUUACAUUCAUGUUUUUUUUUUUUUUUUUUUUUUUAGAUAGAUA